UCUCUCUCUAGAAAAGUCACAACUUGCACUUCUUCAUCACAGUUCACACACACUUCACAGUUCACACCCUUCCUCCUUGUCCUCUUUUCUUUCUCUUUCUCUUUCAUCAUUCAUAGAAAAAAAGGAAAAAAAAAAAAAGUCUCAGUUGCUGUAUAACCAGCAACCAUUCACAUUCUCAUUCACUGUACAUAGAACUAAUUAGAAAAGAAAAAAGUAAAAGAAGUGAAUCACUGAAUCUACCAUCAUCAUCAUCAUCAGCAUCUACUACUACUACUACUACUAUGGAGGAGGAUCAUUAACAUGUGUCUCUGAGUCAUUAUCCCCAAGAUUCACCACAAUGGGGACUCUAGUUCAUCUUCAACUUUGGAUUCUAGUGCCUCUUAAGGUGCAUGUUGUUUCUUCACUUUUCAGCUUCAACAACUAGUUCCUCAGUGAUGUUGGAACCCCCCAGGAAAAAAAGCUCAAUUUUUUUCAGGUAAUUAGUGUUAGUUUGCCUUCAAUCUUCACAGUACCAUUGCCAAAUCCAAAAGGGUGUGUGUGCCUUGGAUCUCAAUUUCAACAAUAUAAGCAUUGAAUGGUUUUUCAGUUCAGGUUCUUUAUUGUGAUUUUCUCUGGUAAUUUCUCCCUUGAGCCUUGCACAGCAAUUGUUUGCUUAAUUGCCACCCUUUAUUGAAAGUUUUGAUUUUUGGGGGUUGACAAGAGGAAAUAAAAUGAAAUGAAAUGCCCUGAAACUGAAGAAGAUUCCAAAGCAUUAAGUAGCUUUUUGAGGGGAAAGUGUUGUAUUGUAACGGCUGAAACGGUCAUUGCUGCCUUUAUUCUCCAACCCCAGAAGCAUAUUUCCCUUUAUUGCAGCAAAAUUUGGCUACAAGUUUCCAUUUUCAAGAAUUGGUCUCUGAGAUUUUGAAAUAAGAAAAUUCAUUGCUCUUUUUCUAGGUUACAAUCUUCUCAGUACAUAAUAGUGUUCCUACAAUUAGUCCAAGGGGGUAAAUUUUCAUAUUAUGGGGCUUCUUCAUACAAAUCUAGUUAUGUUUUUUCUUCUUCUAUGCUUUGAACCACUUCACACUACUGCUGCUGAUUCUUCUUUACCAAGUGGAGCAAAGGCCCUUGAUGCAACUCUUCAGCAUUAUGCACACAAUGCUUUGGUGAAGCCAAAAACAGGUACAAUUUACAAUGCUCAGCUUCCUUCAAAUUUGAAUGGGAUUAAGGUUUCAGCAUUGAGAUUAAGGAGUGGAAGUUUAAGGAGAAAAGGGUAUCCUAAUUACAAUGAGUUUGAGAUCCCCAAAGGAAUCAUUGAGAGGCCUUAUGUAGAAAGGUUGGUUUUGGUGUACCAAAAUUUGGGGAAUUUAGAUUUGUCCAGAAAGUAUUAUCCAUUGGAAAAUUACACAUAUCUGGCUCCAAUUUUGGGACUUUUAGCUUAUAAUGGUUCAGAUUUAUCAACCAGGAAUCUACCAGAACUAGAUGAUGUCAAAGCAUAUGGUGACCCUGUAUUGAUCAAGUUCCGAAAUGUGAAGCCGGUUCCUAGUGGCGCCGUUGCGAAAUGUGUGUGGUUUGAUUUAAAGGGUACUUCCAAUUUCACCAAUGUAACAGGAGAAGGCAACACAUGUUCUACUUCCCAACAAGGGCAUUUUGCCAUUGUGGUUGAAUCACCUUCGGCUCCAUCGCCAGCUCCUGCGCCAGCAGGAGGAGGAGGAGGAGGAGGGAAGAAGAGUCACAAGAAGGUGUGGAUCAUUGUUGGUUCUGUGUUGGGAGGUCUUGCAUUGUUGGUGGUGUUGUUAUUGUUAGUUUUGUGGAUUCAAAAGUACAAAGAAAAGAAGAAAAUGCAACAAAUGGAAAGGGCUGCAGAGGUAGGAGAAGCUCUUAACAUGACUUCCAUUGGAGAUACAAUGGCACCUUCUGCAACAGUUACAAGAACACAACCAUCCCUUGAACAUGAAUAUGCACCCUGACACCAAUAAUUCUUUUUUGGCCACAAAAUCUUCUUCAGUUGCUCUUUUUCCCACUCAUUAUUCAAGUUCAUUCACUGUAAUCAGGAAAAUUCUUCUAAUCACACCUUUUGUCCUUUUUUGUUUGCUUAUAUAGCCUGUUUGGUUCUCUUGUUUUUAACACCAAAACCAUGGCUUUUGGUGAAAACUUUUGGAGUAGUUACUGUCAAAACCAUGGCUUUUUGAGGUUUAUAAAUGAGAAACCAAACAUACCAUUAGGCUCUCUUUGGUUUAUUGUACUGGUGGUAGUAACAUAGAAUUUUUGUGUAAAUCUGUCAUUUCUUUUUUCCUUUCUUUUUCUUUCUUUUUUGUGAUUCAUUGUGGUGUGAAAUUUUAGCAGCCAAAAAAUUGAUUA